AUGAAUACUUAUAACUCAUUAAAGUAAUAUCAAUUAUUUUUAUAGGAGAUCAUAUGAUUCUUAAAUUUAAGGAAGAAAAAUCUAAGAACCAAACGUCGCUAUUACUAGUAAUAGAGCUAAAAAAAGCCCAAGAUUGUUUUCACCUGAAUAAACUCUUGAUUAAUUUAUUGGUCUCAAGACUUAAAAAAUAUCAUCAACUCUGAAAAAGAAUAAAGUAGUAUAAGGAUAAUAAGGAAAAUCAAAAUCUUAAAUGAACACUGCAAAAAAAGGGUUUUUCCCUUCAUAAGAAAAAAAAUAGAAAAAAUCAAUCUAAUCUUAAACAAAAAAGAAAAUAAAUGCUUAAUUGAUUAGUAACUCUACUAGCCCAUAAAAGUAAAUCAAUAAUAAAAAGCUUCCUUAAUUUAAGAAAAUUGGAGAGAUGUUAAUUAACUAACAAAUAAAUAAAUAAAAUUUAUAAAAAGAACUUAAAUAGCAUCCAGAUAAAAAAAAAUAGGAUAUAGUUGAAAAAAGAUAAAAUCGAUAGAAAGAGGAUAUUUAAAAUUAUAUCAAUUGCAAAAGAGCAUAAGAUUCAAUUAAUUUGAAAAAUUAAUAAAUAACGAUGCUCCUAGAAUAAAAGAAAAAGUAUUAAGUCUUAAUUAAUUAGAAUUGAGAAUUUAUUUAAAUUGGAUUAAUUAAGAAAGAAGAUUUUUACAAAUCAAAAAAUGAUUGAUGGAAAAAUUAAAUCACCAAAAAAGGGCAAAAAGAAAUAAAAAAAAAAUAAGUAAAAAGAAUAACUUGUAAAAUAAAAAGGAUAAGAAAAGCCUUUAAAAUCAAUAGAUAAAAUAAUAAAAAGUUAAGAAUAACUUUCUAAUUUGGGAUAAAAUUAAUAAUAAAUAAAAUAAGAAUAAUAAUAAUAAUAAGAAUAAAAUAAAUUUUUUAAAAAAUAGAAAUAAGUAGGUAUUCCAUAAUAUGAUGAAGAAAACUCUGAUUCAUAUAUUUAAAAUUCUGAUCAAGUAUUACCUAAUGAAAUUGAAGAAAUUUUGAAUAUAUUUCCUCCGUCAAAAUAUUUAAAAGAGUUAGUAAAGAGUCUGAUAAAAAAUAAUGAAGUUUUAGCUACUUCUAAUUUAAUUUAACAAGAUUUUUAAUUAUUAGAAUUUUAUUAUAUGUAAGCCGCUGCUACAAAAAUAUAAAGUAUAUGGAGAGGAUAUUAUUAAAGAUAAUUGAUCCUUGAAAGUUAUCUUAAGUAUCUCGAAUAAGAAAAUUAAUUAUAAUAAGAAAAAGAAUAAUAUUAAAAUUUAUCAUUUUUAAAUGAAUCAGAAUAAUCUAGUUCUCAAAAAGUACCUAAUCCUCCAUAAAGUUAAAAUAAUUCAGAGUUUUUUGAUGAUGGAGAUGAUGAUUAAGAAUAAAAAUAACUGAAUGUUUAAUAAGCUCUAAUAAAAAUAUUAGAAAAAAAAGACAAUUUUCCAUUAAAUGAAUCUUUAGAAGAAGAAGAAUGUCAAUAAUAAAGUAAUGAUCUAGUUGUUAUUGAUUAAGUGUCUUAAAGAUCUGGAAAUUAGGAGGAUUAAGAUUAUUAGAUUAAUCAAAGUUUUGAAAGUUCAAAAAAUACUCAAAAUAACAAUGAUUAAAAGUAAGAAUCUAUUAUUUAAGAAAUUUAACAUCAAUUAAAUGAUUGGAAUUUUAAUUUAGAAAACUUAAUAAAUGAAGGUAGAAAAUCAUAUGCAAUAAAGACAUUAAAAGAAUAAAUGAAAUAAGCAAUAAUUAAAAUAGUAUAAUUUCAAAUUUAAAAAUUUAAAGAAUAAUAAAACUAAAAUAAAAGUGAUACUGAAUAGUCAAUAGAAUUUAAAAUGAGAUUAUCAUAAGAAAUGAAUGGUGAAAAGAAUUUUAAUGUUGUUAGAAAAAAAUUUAAAACUGUUUAAGAAUAGAUAGAAGAAAGAUUGUUUUAAUCAUCUAAAGAUUAAUCUACAGAUAUUAAUAGAUCAUCAGUUUUAGCAUUAUAAUCUUAAUUAAUGAGAAGAGAGAUUGAAUUAUUAAGUAUGAGAGAAGAAGCAAUAUAAUUAAGAUUUUAAGCAGAGAUAAAGAAAAAUUAGAAUGAUGAAAAUAAAUAAGAAGAGUUAAAUUUAUGGUUAAAAAAAGAAUUGGAUGAUUUAUAAUAAACAAGAUGGGCAAUAGAGAUGAGUUCAAAAAAAGAAGCAAUUGUGAUGAAAAAAAUAUAAAGAGAUUUGAUAAUUGCUUAAUCUUUUGAUGAGAAUAAUGCAAAACUUUAGAGUUUAAAAAAAAGAGUGGAUGAACAAUUAAGUAAUCUAAAAUAAUCUAAAUAAAGCAUGUCUGAUAUCAAGUUAAUAAAUAAUUUUUGUUUAUAGAAUGAUAAUGAACUUGAGAAAUUAGCAGAAACUUAAUCAGAAGAUUUUAAUUGUGAUGAUUAAUUUCAAUAAAAAUAAAUAUUGAAAGAUACUUUGGUUGAAUAAUAUGAAACUAUUGAGAAAUAAGCUAAAUUAAAUUUAAUUGUUAGUGAUCUAUUAGUAGAUUUAAUUCAAGAUAUGAGCGAAGGUAAUUAUUGUAAUUUAAAAUAGAGUUAAUGAGGAAAGAAAAAUAAUUUGAGAUAUUAUUAUAGACAAUAAUUAGAUAAUAAACAAUUCCUUAAAUUCCAACUUCUAUUUCAGAAAUUCGUUAUUAUAUACAUAACUUUUUUGAUUUUAUUAUGCCAUAACAUUAUAAUGAGAUUAGUCGAAAUAUAAAUUCACCUUAUGGAUUUUAACCAUAAAAACGAUUAUAAUUUAUACAUGGAUAUAUGGAAUCAGAUGAAUCUUAAUAUAAUUAAUUUUUAAGAUAUGUUUUAAAUGAAGAAUAUUUUUUAGAAUAUGAAUAGUAUAGAUUGUAAUAAAAUGAUUCUGAAAAUGAAGAUAGUGUGACAUAAAUUUUAAAAGAAUUAGAACAUAUUCACAAUAGAGUUAUUUUCGAUGCCUGUAAUGAAGCUUUAAAUUAUUCAAGACCAUAUUAUUUCAGUAUAUUAAUAUUUCAAUUUUAGAUAGUGGAUUUCCUUAUCCAUGGGAAGGUAGAAUUGGAUAAAGAUUUAUAAGUGAUAAUGAUUUAAGUGAGAUUUUGAAAAAUAUGGAAUUAAAGGUUAUUUAAUGGGCUAAUUCUCUUUGUGGAUUUUUACCUAUUGAAGAAGAAAUAUCUAUAUCUAAAGAAAAAUAAGUCAUCUUAGAUGAAAAAAAUUAAUAAAUUAUGCUUUAAUAGAUGUAAUAUCAAGAUAAUCCAGAAUUAUUUGAUCUAGAAUAUUUAAAUAGCUAGGAUCCUAUUUAAUAGAUCAGAGAAUAAAGACUUUAUAAAACUCUUACACAAGAUGUAUAUAUAUAAUAUAAGGGUUUAAGUUGAAAGAUUUAGAAUGUAGAUGGAGCUAAGAUUAGGAUGACAAAGCUGAACUAUUAAUGGAAAUAGGAGAUUUGAUCUUUGAAUAAUGCAUAGAAGAGCUUUUAUUGGAUUCUUUUAUUUGA